AUGGCCGACACAGCCUCCGCUGCGGCCUCGGCCUCACAACCAUCGCCGACUCGCAGAGCAGCUUCACCACCGGGCAUCGAGAAUCCGAACCCAGUCGCGUCGACAUCAGCGCAUACACUCGAUCGUAAACCAGCUCAGGCCCAAUCGGUACCCGCAUCAACAACAUCCAAGGGCGCAAAUGACACAGCGACAUCAUCCACAGUCACUUAUCAGCCGAAUGCUUCAGGGAACCAGUGCUCUGAUGCGAACGCAAAUGCUGCCACUGAUUCGAGUUUACAAACAGCACAGCAACCCACCACCGAGAACGCCGGCUCAAUACCGACAUCCAUGUCAGAAUCACUACAAGCUGCCACUGCAGGUCUCAAUGAAGAAGAUGCCAAGCUCUUAGCCUCUCUAGCCCAAGGCAAUGGCCUCUUGUCGCAUCUCUCCAACUUAGCUGCACAGAACGCUGUUUCCGACGAUCUGAUCAACGCCUAUGCAGACCGUCUCAUGCUCCAUCCUUCCGCCUCGGGCAUGCCGUUGCCUCAAUCUAACUUUGAUGUUGCAGCCUUUCAAGGUGCCGUCGAUCUCAACGAAGCUCUCACUCGACAAGACAUGCAUUGGGAUGAUGAAGCAUUCGACGACUUGGAGCCCGAGGAUGAGGAUGGCCAAGAUCAGGGUCCCAUUCAGGCCUAUGCCAAGCUUGAGUUCCCAGGCUUUUCCUACUACAUCCAGACGCUUGAUGUCACCAUUGGCCGUCGGCCCGGUCAGAUUCAGCCCAACCAACGACCUGGUGCAUUACCGCCACAACUGCCCAACGCUGCAUCCGGCCUUUCCCAAGCUCACAUCACAUCCGAGUCCAAAACUCAAGGCGACGUCGACGUCGAUCUAGGUCCGCUCAAGUCCAUCUCCAGGCUGCAUGCACGUAUCUUUUACUACACUGGUCCCAUCCAUACACCCAACUCGGCCUUUCUCAAUGGCACUCCGGCACACAGUCGAGUCUCGAGCGGCAACGGAGCUGCUCCCUAUCGCAUCACAUCACCCGCCGCACUAAGUCGCGUCAACGGCACUCAUCUGACUGGAGCAGACGCUGCAGCUCACAACCCGUACAACAUCGCAACACAGAUCGGUGCGAGUGCUGCCACUGAUCCCGAACAGGGUCAAGGUCAGUUCGUGCUCAUGGUCGUCGGCCGCAAUGGUGCCUUUGUAGAUGAUGUCUGGGUGGAAAAAGGAGGUCUCGUCGUGCUCGGCAAACGCACCAAGAUCCAGAUCGCAGAACGUGUCUUCUAUUUUGUCCUUCCACCGCCUCCCGGAGCAGCUUCGUACAGCAUCGACGGUGACAGUCAACGCGCUCACAACUCCGACUCCGACUCGCUCUCUGAUCUCAGCAGCCAAGAUGAAGAGAUAGUCGACGAUGAUGAUGAUGAUGAAGAGGAGGAGGAGGAGGAGGAGGAGGAGAAGGAGGAGGAGGAGGAGGAAGAUGACCAAGAGCAGCAAGCAGCCCCAUCGAGCUCAGUCUCCAGCGAAGAAAGCGGAGGCGACGACUACGAAGGUCCAGAGGAGGACGGCAAAGGACGCAGAACAUCAUCUGCAGCUACUGCCAAGGGCAAGUCAGAUCCUGCCAGUCGCCAAGACAAGCCAAAACGGAGACUCGUGCUUAAGCCCAAGAGCAAGGUCGGCAAAGCAUCAGCAGCCCAUGAUUCUGCCGCAGACAAGCCUGUGGAUGAGGACGCAGACUACGGGACCACAAGUUCAAAAGCAAGAGGAUCCGGCAAAGCACAAGGUAGGGCGAAGCCAGCUACCAAGACCACAGCGGCCGCUCUCGCCAGCAGAGCUUCUGGCAAAGGCAAGGGCAAAGGCAAGGGCAAGGGCAAAGGUGCAGGACGUGGCAAGAUGCCAACAAAGGGUCCUCUUCCUGAUCACAGACCCGAUGGUGACGACAGCGACAGUCUUGGCACUCCAAGCGGAGGCGAGCAGAGCAGCGACCAAGAACGUGCACAUCACGACAUCACUACACCGCCACCACCCAGCAGCACGUCAGGCAAGCGGCCCGGCAAGGCUGUCAAAGGAGCCAAAGGAGGCAAGAACACCAAAGCUAGCAAAGGCAAGGAGGCAGGUGAUGCUAUAGAGGAUGCAGAGACAGGCAGAUCUGUCAAGAAAGAGUCACCGACACCGACAUGGGCGAUGGGUGCUGGUGUUGCAGGACGUAAGAGGAAGCGAGGCGAGCCAGUUGCUGACGAGGAACCUGCACUCAAGGUGGGCACUCCCAUCGGCAUUGAGGCUCUGGACGCUGCGAAGCGUGCCAAAUCUGCCAAGGCUCGCGCCGAUGCUUCCACUCACGUUGCCUCUGCUAGUCCCAAGAAGGGCACUUCCGCUGCAACAGAACCAACAUUGCCAGCAUCCAAUGCGACUUCAGCGACCGACACUGCAGCCGGCGACGAAGACGUCGUUAUGGUCGAUGUCAAACCAACAACAUCCCUACCCGCACCCGCUCCAGCAGAAGCAGCACAGGCAACGGCAACGGCAACACCCGCCAAGGGUACUGCAUCUGCAGCUACGGAUGCAACACCCAUCCUCCCUGCUCCUGCUUCAGCAGCCGCCAAUGCAACAAGCAAGACUACUACCGCCAGGGCUAGAUUGAAAGCGACGCCCGAUGGUGCCACAGCCAAAGCAGAUCAGAAGGGCACAAAUGCUACUACGACUGCUGCUUCGAGCGCUGAAGCCAAAGCGAAGCCUGCCAAGCCCAAGACGACAAAGCCAAAGAAGAAGAAAAGCGCUGCUGUAGAAGAAGCGGCCUCGACGCCCGCGGGCAACAACACUGGAGCGCCUGGAUCAAUGGCAGCUGGCGCUGCUGAUGCCGCCGGCACCUCUCCGAUACCAAUGGGCACCUUCGCAGGCUCGUACGGCGCUUCAGGCACGUACCCUACUUCGAUGCCGUAUGACACCAGCUCUGCAUCGGCCGCCUCAUCCAUUAUUACUGCUGCGAAUGCAGUCUCAGGCUCGAUGCCUGGCUAUGGCCAGCCUCAACCUGGAGCCUUACCGCAUGCCGUUGGUCAGAUGGCCUCUCCUCUGCCUAUGAUCCCUUCUGCCGCAGCUGCACGAGGUCCUGGUGGCUAUGCUGGUGCAUCGAUGCCCCCUUCGAUGACUUCCGUGCCCGCAUCCACGUCGACACCAGCACCAGGUUCAACCGCGGCAGCUCCUGCAUCAGGCUCAGAUCCUUCGUCAUACCCAACCACAGCCAGCAUCAUCGCCUCAGCCGCCAGCCUUGCCAAUGCGCAGGCCAAGCAGAACCAGCAGAAGGCGGCGGCGGGCACACCACCAGCAGCAGCGGGAAGCAGACCUGGCACCGACACAGGCAAGGCUACCACUAAGGUAACACCGACGUCCGCUCCACCGCCCACGCCUGCCAAGCCGCCACCUGGUCCAGAAGACAAGCCAGAUCUGUCUAACAUCGAGCUCAUCUCACAAGCACUUGGUUCCGACCACUGCACCAAGAAGGGAGGCAAGCUCACCUUGCAGGAGGUGUACGAGUGGAUCGCAAAUCGAUGGGUCUGGUUCAAGCGCAACGGCAGACACACAGGCAGAGAUUGGCAGAGCUCCAUUCGACAUGCCAUUGGAUCGUCGCGUGACUUUACCCGUAUUCCACGUCGGUCGGAUGAGCCAGGCAAAGGUAUCUUUUACACCAUGUCGGAUUCGAAGCUGGCAGAAGAGCAUCGUGCCAAUCUCGCCAAGCAGAAGGAAGAAGCUGCCAAAGCUGCAGCAGCUCGUCCUGCUGCUGGUGCGACUGGCACUGCCGGCGUCACAGGUGCUAUUGGAACUACUUUGCCCGCCGCAACAACAGCGGCUGGCUCAUUGGCUCAAGGUGCCUCGGCUGCAGCACCCAACCCUGCGACCGUUGCUGCGAAAGCGGCAGGAGCAGCUGCAGCUGGCACACCUAGCUCUUUGCCUGCUAUCCGCAUCCCGCUCAUCAUCGGUACACCGCCAUCUUCUGCCACUGUUGCUGCCACAGACAAGCCCAAGGCUGCACCCGGUACGAUCGAAUCACUGCUCGAGACGCCUCCGAUCGUCCAUCACAACGGCAAGCUCUACCUCAGUCCUCAAGUGUUUGGCCAUCUCAACGCUGGUCAGCUGGCACAGAUCGAAGGGUUGGGAGCACAGCAAGCGCUGCAGGUGCUGCAGGCCUAUCUGGUGACGCAUCUGAAAGAGAGGAUGCGACUGCAGCAGGUUGCGGCACAGAAGAAGGAUCGAACCGCAGCGACGACGCCGGGCAAGCCUGCUACUCCAGCUGCCACUACAGCCGAUGCCAAGCCAGCAACUACCCCUGGUACUGGCACCGCUGCCAAGUCGACUCCUGCUGCCUCGCCUGCAGCCGCCGCAGCUGCGUCCAAGCCGAAUGUGGCUGGCACGAACGGGAAGGCCUCUUCGCCUGUCAAACCUACAACACCAGCUUCUUGCACCAGCACAACUGCUACGGUCACACCAACGACAGCGCUGCCUCGACCACCUAGCACUGCAACACCUUUGCAUUCAAUGACGACACUUCCGAAGCCUGUCUUGCCUGCCAUACCGACCACCGCUCAGAAUGCGGCAGCCAAAAGUGCGGCAACGACGUCUGCUUCGGCAGCGACGACGCCCGCCAAAUUUGCGGUCACGAGCAGCACGGCAACCCCUUCAGCUGCAGUAUCUGUAGCCCCAAAGGCGCCCGUCCUGCCCAGCACACCGCUGCGAACGAACGUUCCUGCUGCUGGUGGAGCUGCUACCAGUGCUGGAGAUCAAGCCGCUGCGCCGGCAAAGCCAAGCACUGCAGCUUCAACUGCAAGCUCGCCGCAGAAAGCAGCCACGCCGGCCAAACCACAGACGCCAGCACCUUUGUCAGCCACUCGUGCUGCGACAGUCACCGCUCCAAGCAUUCGAGCCACUGGCAAAGCUGCCACACCUGCUACACCUGCAGCUCCCGCAGCAUCGACCUCUGCUUCUACUUCAGCAGCCGCAUCCACCUCGGCCGCACCAGCCACGCCAUCAACGCCUGCAGCCAGCGGAGACAGCGAGGACCCACUAUCCGCACUCUCAGCUCUCGCCGCACACCCCGAAGCAGCAGCACUCAUCGCUCUUCUUCGCAAGCAGCAGCAGGAAAGUGGAACUAGCGGUGGCAAACAGUUGGCCAAAUUGACACCAGGGCAAUUACAGCUGUUACAGAUGGCAAACAAGCUUGCUGCUCAGCAAGGCAAGAAGGGCGGCAGUGGAAAGAAGAAGAAGAAAGCUUCAGGGUCGGGCACAGGAACGAGAGAAGGUACAGCAACGCCAGGACCAAGUGGACAGGAGAGUUCGCCUGCUCCUGCCGGUCCGAGUCCCUCACCUGGGCCUAAAGCGGGCUGA